AUGAAUAAAAAGGAAUUUUCGUGUGUUAUUUCAAAAGCUCUUGAUACCAUGAAAUAUGGAUAUGACGACAUUAAAAUAAGAGCGAAACUAUACAGAUUGUGUGAGACAAUAAUGAAUAAAUCAGAGGAUAUAGAAGAAUUGAUCUCUAUACUAGCAGGUAGCAAAGCUGAGGGAGUUUCCUUUGCUGAAGAUCCAGACAGUGAUACUGAUUUUAUGUUGGUGAAAAAACAAUGCAUCUGUUGUGAUAAUUUACAUCCCUAUGACAAUGGUCCUGAAAAGAUGAUACUUCUAACGGUGAGAGAUAAUACUGCUCCUGGUUAUACCAAGCUGAAAUGUAAAGGUUCAGACAUGGACAAGAUUACUAAUAUAAUGCCUGAUUUAAUAAUCCAAAAUGUCGAAGGUCAAAACUUUGUUGGUCAUUUACUUGAUACUUCUAACUUUAAUGAUAGUGAUGAUGAUGAUAAUGAUGAUGAUUAUGAAAAUAGUUUCAUCGUCUCAGGGCCUGCUUUCACAGCUGCAUGCUCUGUAUCUAAUGACAAUGCAAAUAGCUUUAUUUGUCCUAUAAUAUCGUUUUCAUGGGAUUUUGCAUUAGCCGUUGAAUUCACCUGUACUGAUCAUCUACAGAAGUGGAAGGAACGUAAGAGGUUUAACAGCUGGCCGGGAAAGGACCUAAUUGAAGAAAUAUCUCAGAUGACAGGACAUGUUGUUCCUGUAGGCAAUAAGGGAAGAGAGAGCGCUCACCUAGAAUGGAGAAUCACUUACACGGAAGCCGAGUUGAAAUUGAUACAUUCAUUAAAUGAAAUACAAAUUAAACUCUACAUUCUCCUUAGAAUGGUGGCAAAGAAAAUUCUAAAACCUAUAUGUGCUGAGAUAUCAUCUUACAUCAUGAAAAACGUAUUGUUCUGGUUUGUUGAAAGAAGUCCGUCAUACAGAUUUCAGCAUGAACAUUUGAUAGGUAUACUUCAUUUAGCACUGAGGUCAUUGCAACGUUGUAUACACAGAAAACGCUUGUCUAACUAUAUGAUACCAGAACGAAAUAUGUUCGCCAGGAGAUUUAGUGACGUCAUUAAAGUUCAACUGGUUGAAGAACUUCACAAAUUGCUCUAUGUACAAGGACUACCUUUUGUUCUAGGUCAAGACGAAUUCGGACCCCUUAGUGUUGCUGUGAAACAUGUCAUGCUCUUCUCGAAACGUGAACAUUCAGAGGUUUCUCAAUCUGCAUCUAAUCUUUCAAUUAAUACUCAGCAACUUCUGCAGGAAAUGUUUGAAAAAGCAAAUGAAAUGCAGAAUCAAAUUAAAACCACUGGUGCACUGCUUCCUGUGCUGAAUAACGAUCCUGUGAGGUUUGAGGACUCUGUAACAAGAGCAACAUCCCCAUCAUCAAAGGUGAUUGGGGGAUAA